AUGCGCUCACCUCUUUCCGCCCCAAGCAAGAGAAAGAACGACCAAGUUGAAGCCAGCUCCCCAAAGCUCCCCAAGCAUAACGUACAGCGCUAUGAACGCAUCUUUCAUGAAUCAUCAGUGGGUGCUCUUGCUCCACUUCCGAAUGAAAUGAUUUUGCAAAUUCUUUCGUUUCUUGUGGGUGAUUUGGAGGCCAACAGAAAAGUCAAUGUAGCUGAUCUUGAAUCAAGAGAAGCAACCGAUCAAAAUAGAUACUAUGCUGCUAGAGAGGGGAAGUUGUCUGAAGAAGUCACUUGUUAUAUCCCUCCUUUUGAAAAUAUCAAAGCCUUGAUCAAUCUUACAAAGACCAGUAAACAUUGGCAUGAUAUGCUCACCUCAACUGCCUCUAAUUCGGAGGAUGGUGAAACUCUUACAGAUUUUGAAAUGUAUUGGCUGAACGGCUACAAUUUCUUUGAAAAGCUUUCAUAUUGGAUUAGAACUGGGUUGUUGGAUGAUUUAGAGUUGGGUCAAGGUGAUAUGAACAAACGUCAAGUGAUGGAAAUGACUCGUAUUCAAAAUGUCAUACAACAUUAUGAACGAGGAAAGGUGUUGAAUGAUCUUUCAAAAGCAAUUAGUAGUGACUGGGAAGACUAUGGGUAUGACGACGAUGAUGGAGGUGAAGAAGAAGAAGAAGAGGAUGAAGACGAAACCAAGUCAAAGAAGAAAACAAUACCAAGCUCAAAACAACCGCUCUUUUCAGAUGCUGAAAGCAGCAAAGCACAAUUAUUGAAGAGACUUGAAAAGUUAUGUGUGACUGCUGAAGAUUAUUGUUCACACUUUAGAAACCAAUCAUCUAACUCAUUCCGUUUAUUUAUUUUCUCAUCCUUAAUGCUCUCUUUAAACAUGUUUAGCGCUUUAGAUUCUGAGAACACUGAAGAGUAUUGGAGCGAAGGAAGUGAUGUGUUAUUGACUUCUAAUUAUUUAGAUUCUUGGGCUGAAGAAGAGAAAGAAAAUUAUAGAUACAGAACAAAAGAAACGAAAAACAGUGAUGAUGGAACUCCAAAAUUAGGUAUUUAUAUUCGCAAACCAUCAGGUUGGGGCAAGUUCUUAGGAGCUAUUCAUUCUCAAUCAUUUGAUCCUUAUACUGUCAAAAUAGAAGAUAUCAAUCAAGAACAGAUUAAGGAACGAUUGAAAAAAGCUCUUUAUCUCCAAUUGGAAAACGUUCUAUUAUUUCAGCCAUUAUCCAAGUUUACUUUCCCUGAAUCCAUUCAGUUUUUGAGUAUUGAGCAAUCCCAAGUUGAAGCUUACACUGAAUAUCCUGAGACAUCGUGGAAGGAAUUAUUUAACAAGUGUGUAUUUCCUGGAGUGAAAUACCUUCGUAUUAGAUUUUCACAAGAAUAUAAUUAUCGUAGAAAAAAGGAAGAAAGAAAGGAAAUGCCUGCUGAAGAAUUAGAACGAACAAUUCUUGAGGCAUUGUUGAACAAGGAAACUCUUCCAAAUCUACAACAUGUAGCUCUCAGUGGAUUUGUUUUCGAUCAUGUGAAAGAAGUUCUUGCAAGACAACAAGACUUUCUUUCUUCUCAAUUACUCUCAUUCGAGCUCACAUUUGAUGGUGAUUCAAGAGACAGCGAAAAUUGGUCCAAAUGGACAUCUUUUACUUCCUCAUUAAGCUGCGAUUCUUGCACUUUGAAAAGGGUUGUUGUUGAGACUGAGUUGGAUAGCAGGUAUAAUUGCGACCAUACGGACAUGGAAAAAUUCUAUACUUCACACAAGUGUAUCGCUUCUAUUGGAUACGCCAGCAUCAGUAGAUUCUACUAUAUUUGCAAUGAAUAA